ACGCUAAUCGUUCUGCUCUCGCUCCGCUCGCUCGCUCGCUCGCAGCUAUGGCGGAAACCGAAACUCCCUCGCCGGCGAUACACAUACCCGACGAGUGGUCCGGCGCCGCCGACGCCAUCGCCUACGGCUCGGUCGCUCCGCCGCCCCCGACCGCUCUUGUCUGCGGCGCCAAGAACUGCGGCAAGACCACCUUCUCUCGCCACCUCCUCAACGUCCUCCUCCAGAGAUAUAAAAGAGUAGCUUAUUUGGAUACAGACGUUGGGCAGCCAGAAUUCACUCCCCCUGGUUUUCUCUCUCUUACCAUAGUUGACAAACUGACAACAGUAGAUUUGACAAUUCCCUGCUUGAAGACACCGGAGAGAUGCUUUUUCUUCGGAGAUGUUUCUGCCAAAAGGGAUCCUGCAGCAUACUUGAAGUGUAUAUAUGCUCUCUAUGAUUACUUACGCGAGGCGCACCAGAGUUUGAACAGCAAAGAAGACCCUGCCGUAGUUGGAUUGCCAACAGUUGUCAAUACACCUGGCUGGGUCAAAGGUGUUGGUUAUGAUGUACUGGUCAAGGCGUUGAGAUAUAUUUCUCCUACACAUGUAGUUAAAAUAAACAUCUCGGCCGAGAGCAAGAAUCUACCACCUGGGCACUUCUGGUUAGAUGAGGAUUACGACGAGACUGUACAUUUAAUAGAGAUCAAGUCGGCUCGGCAGGAUUCUUUCAAUAGAUCGGUUCUCACCCAAAAAGAUGCGCGACUUUUGCGAGAUAUGAGGAUAACGGCUUAUUUCAGGCAGUGCUUCCCCAGUAGCUCAAACAUCACCAAAAUAAAGGAACUCGCACAUGCAUUGGCUUCUCAUCCCCCUUAUGAAGUUCCAAUUUCUGCCAUCAAGAUAAAGCAUCUGCACUGCCAGGUCCCAAGUACUGAAGUAUUUUAUAGCUUGAACGCAUCCAUUGUCGGCUUGGCAAUUAGCUCCAACGAACCUGAUGAUUUGCCUUCUUGUGUAGGUCUUGGUAUUGUAAGAGGUACUGACUUAUCGAAAGGAUCUAUUUAUGUGAUCACCCCUGUUCCUUUGAAGAUGCUGGAGAAGGUUGAUCUUUUUCUGCAGGGCUUCAUUCAAAUACCAACAAGUCUGUUGCAGGUGCAAGGAUACAUGUCCCCAUACAUGUCUACAGAUGUUCUACCCACAAGUUAGCUGAGGUUGGUUGUCAUAUGCCAUGUGGCCCCUGCAGUAUUUUAGAUCAGUCAUUGUACAUCCAAGAUGAAGUACAAUGUAGUAGUUACAGGACAGCAAUUUGCAAGCAGAGUGAUAUCCUUGUAGGAGUAAAUUUCCUAGUUGAGUAUAUGUGCUGUGGAGCGAAGCGAAUAGACAGUUAGCACCACAGAAAGAAAAGUAUUUUCCUAUGCAGGCAAGCAAUAUUGUCGAAUAAUUUGACUCUAAUUUGAUUCAGGAAAUUGGUGUUCGGGGAA